AUGUUUCGUUUAGUAUCCAAAUUACUCGUUAAUCAUCGCAUCAUUGAUUCCAAAGCUUGUUAUGUUCGUUAUAUUCAAACCAUACCUUCUGUAAAUUCAGCUUCAAGCUCAACAGCCCAAUCUUUAACGCUCUCUUACCUCACCAACUCAUGUGGUUUGUCACCACAUAGGGCUGUUUCGGUCUGCAAGUAUGUUCUUAUUAAGAGCACAGAUAAACCAGACUUGGUUCUUCGACUGUUAAGAGCUAAUGGGUUUACUAAAUCUCAAAUUGCAACCUUAAUUUCAAUUCACCCACAACUUAUUCUAGCUGAUCCAGAAAAAACCCUUCAACCCAAGAUUGAAUAUUUUGAGUCACUGGGUAUUGCAGGGCCUGACCUGCGUAAGAUUCUAUGUGUAAGUACAAAUAUUCUAGAGACUAGUUUAAAGAAGCGGAUUUUGCCCACUAUUGAUUUCCUUAGGGGGUUGCUUGAGACCGAUGAGAAUGUUACUCUUGCCUUGAAGCGAUCCCCCCAUAUCCUUACCUGUGGUACUGAGGUGAUGCUGUCUAACGUUUGCACCUUGCGAGCUCAUGGUGUGUCAGAAACCAGUAUUAGGAGGUUAAUAUUAUCGUGGCCUCGCUCAAUAAGCUUUAGGGUUGAUUUUUUUGAAGAAGUGGUUCGGGAAGUUAAGGAAAUGGGGUUUGAACCAACGAGAAAAUCCUUUAUAUAUGCUUUUUAUUCAAUGUCUGCUAUGAGCAACCUGAAAUGGGAAAGGAAGAAAAAGGUCUUGAUGAGCUUUGGCUGGUCAGAAAGAGAUAUUAUUAUGGCAUUUAGAGCACAACCACUAUUCAUGACUGCCUCUGAGAAGAAGAUUAAGCAACUAAUGGAGUUCUAUCUGACCAAAACUUGUUUGCAGCUUCAAGAUCUUGUUAGAUCCCCACAACUAUUUAAGAUCAGUUUGGAGAGAACUGCCAUACCAAGAUGCUCUGUUUUGGAAGUGCUAAUGUCCAAGGGCUUGAUUAAAAGGAAUGUAAAUGUUGUUUCGGCAUUAAGCAUAUCUAAGAAACAGUUCGAGAACAAGUUUUUGGCUUAUUUUAAGGAGGAUUCCCCUGAAUUGAUCCAGGCAUAUCAGGUUGAGACAUCUCAAGGACUUGGUAACAAAAUGUGA